AUGGGAGUCAUAGCACCUUUAUCAGAGCAACUCACAAAGCCAUUGCCCAAUGCAAUGGUUCUUGUCAACCUCAAGGAACUUUCUGGUGGUGCUUACAUCAAUGUUCUUGGGGCAUAUGCUAGUUUCCUCUGGGAGAUAAAUGAUGAGGACGACGGUGAGGUUGAUGAGUCUUUCGGAGACAGAACUCAGCAAGGAAAAGAAGACUUUCAGCCUGAGGGAGGGGAAAAACGCAGCUCAAGGUUGUCUGAAACGGUAGAUGGAGAAACGCUGUGCAGAUAUGCGAAGGCGUUUUGGAGUAUUAAUGGUGACAAGGAGAAGGCCUUGUUCUAUUUCGAGAAGACCGUUGAAGCCUCUCCAAAUGACAGCAUUAUACUUGGAGAGUACGCUCGGUUCCGAUGGGAAAUCGAAGAAUAA